AACUGCACGAAUAGAUUAGUUAUGCAUUGUAUUAAUUGCAUUUGUAGCAGAUUUGUAUCUCUGUGUACACAUUUUGGCGUAUAACUAUAGAAAAACGACACCAACGUCGGUGUUUUGACGACAGACGGACGUCUGCAUGGAAAUAUGCCUGCAGCAUACGCUUUUACAGUAUUCUUGUUUUUAAUGUUUGGAUAUUUUAUUAUUAUAGCUGUUGAAUCCAAAGGUUCAACUGCAACACCAUCUGUCGGUACUACGGCAACACAAAUUGAAACUGCGACAACACCAAUUAGAACUGCGACAGCACCAAUCAGUACUACUACUACACAACAUGUUACUAGCACCAUUGCAGGUUCAACUGCAACGCCAUAUGUCGAUACCACAACACCAAUUGCAACUGCAGCAACACCAAUUGCAAUUGCGACAACUGCGACAACGACAACACCCAUUGGAACUGCGACUACGACAAGUAAGACUACGACAACACCCAUUGGAACUGCGAAAACACCAACUAGUACCACUACUGUACCACCUGCUACUAGUACCACAACAGUUCAUCAUGAUAACAAAGAGGACAAUGAUGCUAUAGUAAUUUCCUUGGCCUGUGUAAUUGCAGUAUUGUUUAUUGCAAUUGGUGUGGUGAUCGGAUUGUUUGCAUGGUAUGUUAGACGUGAACGGAUGAGAAAAGUGACUGAAGAAAGGGAAAUGACGUAUCUAUCGAGCAGGACAUCCGAUGACGAGUAUAACACUAUGACAGUUCAAAACAGUGAUUUCAGUAUUGAGCCGAGCGACACGAACAGUGCAAGGGAAUCACAAACAGAUGCCAACUUCACUAACUUUAAACUGACAUCACCAGGACCAGGAGUUGCCGAGAAGAGUAAAGACGGUUGUCUUAAUAAGAGGUUUUUUCCCUAGUUUGAUCACAGACAGUUCAAUACAGCUGGACUCAUAUUUUACAGUGAUACCGGAAAUGCUGUUUUGCUUCAUUUUUGUUUCUUUGUUUCUUAAUUUCUUUUAAUGUUUUGCUAUAUAUUUUGUUAUUUAUUUAUUUAUUAUUUUAUUAUAUUAUAUAUUAAGGGUUUUUUUAAUAGUUUUUUUUUAUAGUUUUUUAAUCAGAAAUGUCUGAGUGCAAAAUGGAAAAAAUAAAAGAGGAAUAUGA